GGAUGGCAUAAGGGGAUGACAUAAGGGAUGACAUAAGCCUUGCUAAAAGUCGGGCUCUUGUGGUCCCCACAGGGGGGGCCCUCGGUUUAGUUUAGGUACUCGGUGUAUGCGAUGUAAGAUAGUAUUGUUGUGGGACAUAACAGUUCAACUCCUCUCUAUAAGCACAGCAACACCGAAUUAAUUGCAAUUUCGAAAGGAAAAAAAAACUACCGUACCGAAGGAGAACUAGUACAGUCUUACUGGCUUAUUCUUAGAAACCUCUUAACUACCUAUAAAGGGAUUUGCCUUAUACUACCUGAGUAACCACCUAUAGAAGCGGAGAACCUCGGCAUAGCUCCGCUCCGCUGGAGUCAUCUCAGCAACGGCACCGAGUCCGAGGUCGGACGAGUCUAUCUUCGGAACAAGUAAUCCGGGCUACGUAUACGGACUUAUACAUUUCAAAUUUAACCGUCAGAAUCUCAAGUUUGAACACUGAAAAUCAGCAUCUCCUUGUUCCGUACCGUACUAGUCGUAUUAACCAACAUAACAUGGCCGAGACAUCAGCAGCCCAACCCAAACUCCACGUCGAAGCCACCGAGGCCCGAAAGUUCAUCGAGGGUAUCCUCGCGGGGAACGGUGUGCCGGAGCCCAACGCUGCCAUUGUAGCGCGAUGUCUCGUGGCAGCGGACUUGCGGGGCGUCGAUACGCACGGCAUCAACCGGAUCCCGUCGUACAUGGCGCGAGUGCGCAACGGCGUACUAGACGCUACCGCGUCCCCAGACGUCUCGAAAGUCACACCUGUCGUCGCGCAGGUCGACGGGCGCAACGGCUUCGGAUUCCUGGCGGCGGAGGUUGGGAUGCGCACGGCCUGCGACAUGGCGCGCGAGUUCGGCAUCGGCAUGGUCAGCGUCAAGCACUCGAACCACUUCGGCAUGAGCGCCUGGAUCGUCCAGCAGGCUAUCGACGCGGGAAUGAUGAGUCUGGUCUUUACGAAUUCGAGCCCCGCGCUGCCUGUGUUCGGCGGUAAGAGCAAGCUCAUGGGUGUGUCGCCUAUUGCUUGCGGUGCUCCUGGGGGGAAAGAGAAGCCGUUUAUACUGGAUAUGGCGCCAUCUGUGGCAGCCAGGGGUAAGAUUUAUAAGGCUAAGAGAAGAGGAGAGAAGAUCCCUUUAGACUGGGCUUUAGAUGCUGAAGGGAGACCAACGGAUGAUCCGGGCGCGGCUUUGGAGGGAGUUAUGCUUCCUAUGGGAGGACCUAAGGGCUCGGCAUUGGCUAUCAUGAUGGAUGUAUUCUCGGGGGUAUUAUCCGGCUCAGCAUUCGCAGGCGGAGUUACAGGUCCAUACGACCCAAGCAGAGCAUCAGAUGUCGGGCACUUCCUCGUGGCUAUCAAGCCGGAUCUAUUCAUGAGCCACGACGAGUUCCGGGAGAGGAUGGACUUUCUAUAUCAACGUGUUGUUGGUUCGGAUAAAGCCGCCGGUGUCGAACGGAUAUACUUCCCGGGAGAGAUCGAGCAGUUGACGCAGGAGCAGAGAGAAAAGACGGGAAUCCCGCUGGUGCAGGCUGAGGUCGAUGCGUUAAAUGAAGAGGCGAAGAAAAUUGGAAAACCUCUUCUAGUUGUUAAAGAUCAAUGAACCCUUAGAAACCAUAGGCGUUGUAUUCUGGUUAUAUGGCAUCUUUACCCGAUUCAUAAAUGCACUACUUUCA